AUGAAAUUUCUCCAUGCUAUUUUUCUGACGGCGCUAGCUAGCGCCUGCCCAACUCCAAAGGACUGGACUGUGCGAAAAUGGGAUGCCAUCAUCGUCGGUGCUGGUACCGCGGGUAUCAUUGUUGCCGAUCGCCUCAGUGAGGCCGGCCUCCAAACUCUGCUUCUUGAGCAGGGAGGAGCAUCCUACGGCAUCACUGGCGGAACUGAGCGUCCGUCUUGGCUGGGUGGCACAGACCUGAGCCGAGUUGACGUUCCUGGGUUGUACUCGACUAUAUUCGGCACACCAAACUCUAGCUUGCUUUGCAAGGCCGAUGCCGUACGAGCCUUUCAAGCCUGUACAAUCGGGGGUAACAGCGCAAUCAAUGCUGGUCUAUACUUUCAGCCGCCGUCGUCGGACUGGGACGACUACCACCCGGCAGGGUGGCAUGCCGCCGACGUGCAAGACGCUACGGGGCUGCUUUUGCAGAGACAACCUGCCGUUACAAACUAUUCCUCCGACGGCAGGACAUAUGUGGAAGACAUUUACGAUGCGGCAAAGAAUUGGCUUGUUGACGGCGCCGGAUACGCAGACGUCUCCUUUGCGGACCAACCCGACCGCAAGGACAAGGCCUACGGCCGCCCCGUCUACAAUUACAUUGACGGACAAAGAGGCGGUCCUGCGAGGACGUAUUUGCAAAGCGCUCUCUCGCGGCCAAACUUUCAUCUCUCGACCGGGGUCAAGGUCAGCCACAUCAACCACAACGUCGGAAAAGCUUCCGGUGUCGAGAUUGACCUUGGCAACGGCACAACAAGAUCCAUUUCCCUUGCGCCAGGUGGCCGCGUCGUGCUCAGCGCGGGCGCGCUCCAAUCGCCACAACUUCUGAUGCACUCUGGAAUCGGGCCUCGCGACGUUCUCCAGACACUGUCCGACAGCUCCUUUGGCGCCUACACCAACUCGUCGUCCUGGGUCGUGCAGCCGUCGGUGGGCGAGGGCCUCUUUGACAACCCAAACACCUUUAUCCAGCUCUCGUCCCCGGCCAUCCGGUCCUUCAACUACCAAUACGACAACCUCGACGCCGAGGACAAGGACCUGUACCUCGACGCGAGGAGCGGCCGCUACUCAUUUGCGUCGCAGGCGGCCGCGUUUUGGACGUACGUGCCGCACGAGGACGGCACGCGCUCCGGCGUCCAAGGCACCAUUAGCUCCUCGGGCUACGCACAGUACACGGACAACCACACCGUCACGCUCAACGUCUACGGCACCUCUGGUCUCCUUUCCACCGGACGCGUCCAGCUCUCAUCCUCCGCCGACGGCAAGUUUGUCGCUGGCGCCAGCGCCGACACGUACUACUCCAACCCGCGCGACGCACGCGCCAUUGCCACGUUUGUGCAUGACAUUUUCCAGGCUCUGCCGCCCUCGACGCCCGAUGCUCCCGCCGCAGAUGGCUUGACACCGCUUAACAUUGCGCGCGACGCCACCGUGGACGAGAUUGAAACGUACAUUACGACGCCGUCAGACUAUGCGCGCGGACAGGUCAACCACUGGUCCAGCUCCUGCCGCAUCGGUAGCUGCGUGGAUGCAGACACAAAGGUUAUCGGAACGGACAAUAUUCAUGUGGUUGAUGCGUCGAUACUGUCGCCAAUGACGGUCAAUCCGCAGUUUGCCGUCAUGGUUGCGGGUGAAAAGGGAGCGGAGAGGAUUCUGGCUCUUAACUCUCGGGAAUAA